AUGGACGCAAAAAACCUGGCCACAAUUUUCGCCCCGUCCAUCCUUCGACCCGACCACGGAAAGCUGCAUGCGUCCCUAGUCGAAAAUGAACAGCAGAUUGCUAUCGUAGAAACCAUGAUCGCGCAUGUGGAAGAGGUGUUUCGGAUUCCUAAAGAGCUACAAUGCAAGAUGUAUAACAAGCUGCGCGACACGGAUCCUGACCGUCUUGAUCGCUUUCUGAACCAUAUGUCUAAGGCUGACGGCAACGAACAUCCACUGACAUCACCAUUCCCAGCUACAGCUGAAGAGGUAUAUCGGCCAGAAAGCCUUUCACCGAUGGAGCACACUAAUGGUAAAGAACUGCUCUCAACAAAAGUCACAUCGCAUCGCAGUGGUUCGUGGCCAUUUUCGCUAGCUCGUAGCCCUCAGAAUCAGCAACGAUUCUUUCCUACCGACUCUGCAUGUCCAUCAACCAGUUCGUGCCCAUCCGAUGACAACGAGUCUAGGGAAACUAUCAGAUCCAGUACCAUCAACAACAAUAACAACGAAACGGAUAGUAAAGAUCUCACACCCGGAGUGCCAGGUAUGUAGCG